UGUUUUUGUGUAUUGUAAGUUAUAUUUCGGUAAUAAUUUUGAUCUACUAUCAUUUAAUUUUCAUUAAUUUUAUUGUUUUAGAUGGAAAGUAAGAGGAAAUCUAAAAAAAGACGACCCAAAGGAAAAGACAAAAAUGAGACCUGCAAUAGAAAAAAUACGGAGAAAUCUAUUGAAAUGGACACGGUAAGUUAUUUUUUAUUUAUAAGAACUAGGCAGGUAACUAUCUAAAUAUACAAUUUUGUGAUAAACAAUUUAGGUGUCAGUUAUUGGGUUCUUGUGAGCUGAUAAAUCCUACUAAUAUUAUAAAUCUGAAAAUUUGUUUGCUACGUUUUUACGCCUAAACCGCUGAUAGACCAUAUCCCGAAAAAAACAUAGGAUACUUUUUAUCCCGGGAAACAAUAAGGUUCUCGCGGGAUUCCGAUGUGAGCGAACGUAGUCGCGGGGCAGAAGCUAUAGUUUUAAAUAAUUUUACUGUCUGCAGGAGGAGAAACGACCACAACGGACGAACAAGGCUUCAAUGAAAAUGUUUGAAGAUAAUGUCUCGCCACGGCAAAGUACACCAGACCCAUUUAGCGACGAUGGAGAGUAUGGCUCCGAUGAAGAAUAUGAUCCUGCCUCUGACGAUUCAGACAGCAGUGUUGUUAGUGAUUUGGAAUUUUGUUGCAGACGCACUAAACCAUCGUUGGGGAGCAGGUCUGAGUCUGAAGCUGGUACAGAUAAUGACGAUGAUAACGAAACCGAUUCGUUUUCGGAAGCUUCAAGUAAUAGCAGUAUUUUUGACUCUCAUCGCCGCCACCGUUUAGCUCUUAAACGUUCCCAUUCAACCACUUCAAACAAUGGCACAAACAAACCUAAAACAAAACAGGCGAAAGUUGAACAUGCUGAUGACAGUGCAGACACAAUUUCUUUGCAUUCAGAAACUUUAAGGAACAACUUGGGUGAUAUAAAUGUUUUAGAAAUCUCAUCUUUGCUUCCUGACCCGACAGAAAUAGAAAAUAUGUCAAUUUGUACGAGAAAUCAGUCACCUCUGGCAUCGCCGCCACCACCGGAUCCGGUUGAAGCUGAAAGAAAUGACUCACCUGCGUCGCCGCCGCCACCGGAUCCGGUUGAAGCUGACAGAAAUGACUCACCUGCGUCGCCGCCGCCACCGGAUCUGGUUGAAGCUGAAAGAAAUGACUCACCUGCUUCGCCUCCGCCACCGGAUUCGGUUGAAGCUGAAAGAAAUGACUCACCUGCGUCGCCGCCGCCACCGGAUCCGGUUGAAGCUGAAAGAAAUGACUCACCUGGUUCGCCGCCGCCACCGGAUCCGGUUGAAGCUGAAAGAAAUGACUCACCUGGUUCGCCGCCGCCACCGGAUCCGGUUGAAGCUGAAAGAAAUGACUCACCUGGGUCGCCGCCGCCACCGGAUCCGGUUGAAGCUGAAAGAAAUGACUCACCUGCGUCGCCGCCGCCACCGGAUCCGGUUGAAGCUGAAAGAAAUGACUCACCUGCGUCGCCGCCGCCACCGGAUCCGGUUGAAGCUGAAAGAAAUGACUCACCUGCGUCGCCGUCGCCACCGGAUCUGGUUGAAGCUGAAAUAAAUGACUCACCUGCGUCGCCGCCGCCACCGAAUCCGGUUGAAGCUGAAAGAAAUAACUCGCCCCGUGCGUCACUAAUGCCAUCAAGAUCUGAAGAUGCCCAAAGAAAUAAUCCGACCGGAAUCCCGGAAUAGGGUAAUGUUAGACAGUCUGGUAACGACAUUGAAGCUCCAAAUGACUGGGAAACUACAAAAGCGUUGUUUGAAUUUGAUGCCCUUUCUGCGGGUGCUCAAUUUAAUGUCGGCCCAGGUACGACGGUCAUAGAUGAUUUUCAUAAAACGUAUAUAAACGUAAAUUACUUAAAAUGCAAAUUAUGCACAAAAAAGAAAAUUAGAAAAGAAACUGGUCUAAGAUGCAAAGGCUGUGACGAUAAGCCAGCAUUAUGUGCUGUUUGUUUCGAAGAAUGGCAUAGCCAGGUAUAAUUUGUAGCUGUCUUGUCACUUGUGUCUUAGAUACCAGGGUUUAAUCAGUGGUCAAUUGUUAAAUUUAAUUCUAAGUACAAAAAAUAUAUGUGUGAUCUCAUGGGCCAAGAUAAAAUCAAAGAUGCUUUUAGAUUUAAGUGCAAUUGCUAAUCAAGAAAUAUUAUUGUUAUAUCAAGACUGAUUAGUACGAAUUUAAAUAUUAGCUUUUCAGGAUAUUGUUAAUUAAAAACGUACAAUUAUAAUAUUAUUAGAUACCUAUAAAUAGGUUAAUUAUUCUAGUAUGAAGCUAUAUCCUAAAUUGUGAGACUGAUUAAGAAAAAAUAAUAAAAACAAACAUAACCUUUAGUGUUUUAUUGACUGAAUAAUACCUAAAAACUACAUAACAAUGCUUAAGUACUGAAAAAUAACGAAACGUAUAUUAUGUACGUCCUUGUUCAUUAAAAAAAUAAACUUGAUGCAAUGUUUUGUAGCACUACAUGAAUAACCGUCAACGUACAUAAGCGUCCCUUUGUAUUAAAAACGUGUAUUAGCAAUUUCUUACAGCAGAACGUAAACAUACGUUAACGUACACGUGCGUUUCGGUAUUACUAGCUAAUAUGAAAACUAUGCUCUGAAACACAGCGUACACCAACGUUACCGUGAUAAAACGUUGUUACAUAAGCACAAAAUUUAUAAAACUUUUUGUGACACAACGGUUAUAAACGUUAACGUUUAUACACGUUCUAGUAUUUCUGGCGAGUGUAUUAACUAAACUAGAAAGCACAACGUAUAUUCACGGUACCGUGAUAAGACGUGGCUACUUAUUCAAUAGAUAAAAUACAUGUUUAGUGGCACAACGCCUAUAAACGUUGACGUGUUAUGACGUUAGGUCUUUAAUAGACAAGCAAAAUGUUUAUGAAAUAUGCCGGAACGUAUAUAUACGUUGACGUAUAAUUACGUUCUUUUUGUAAUUCAGGGUGCAAUCUUUAUUUUGUGUGACAAAACGUAUGUAUACGUUGACGUUAUACAACGUUAGUGUGAAGAUGUAUGUAUGAUAAUUAUUUUAUAUUUCUCGGGACGUGUAUGAACGUCGUUUAAUUUUGUAUGGAAAGACCAUGCGCAACGCCUCAUCUGACGGACUUAGUGGGAUGCUUGCAUGAACGUG